AUUCCACCAGGUGUAUAACUGAAGAAAACACACUGCUGAGUGUUUCUCCAUUGUCUUUUCACCUGAGGGGCUCAGUCCCUGAUAUAAGAGAUAGCCUCGUAAACGUUACUUCUCAGUAAGACAGAUUUGAGACAACAGGAGCACAACAUGAAGUUCCUUCUGACAUUGGUCGUCUUUUUUUUCUCAAUUAUGGUCUGUGGCCAUAGUAUGGAACAGUCCACUACCACCAUGGGGACCUGUAUCACACAGUCAAUGAUGAGCUGUUUCUAUCCAGCUUACCAGACUAUGAAACAGCAGUACCAUCGUCUCAGACGAACUUCUCACCUGCAAUUCAACAAACAAGAUUUUGAUAAUAUGUGCCAGGUCUUGCAGACUGAUAUUGUAUAUUGCAUGGACAGAAUUGAAGGUUCUUGUGGUCAGACAACUAGACAGAGUGCUUUGAAACAACUGAACACAAGCUUUCAUUACUUCUGCUACAACGGAUGGAAAGAUUACCAGAAAUUCCAGAAAUGCUUCAAAUCAAACAAGAACAAUGUCCAAGAGAAAAUAAGGCACUGCUACACAACUUCAGAACUGAAUCACAGAAAUUUCUUUGAACAUGAGUAUGAAUAUAUCAAUCGUGACUUCUUUCAUAACUAUCCAAACUCUUACAAUUGGCAGGGAUAUUUUGAGGAUGACCCUAACAAGCAAGGUGAUGGUCAAGUUCAUGACCAAGGUCAAGGCUAUCGGUCUGACCAAGCAUUGCAACCUGAUGCGCCUUUCUCUGAGACUGGCACAGCUGGAAUCCAAGCUGAUGCAACUGCUCCGGCUAAAACAGAAACUGUCACUUCUGCAGCCAAAAAGGAUGGUGUUAAAAAUGAAAGCGAUGAUGAUGAUGAUGAUGUCAACAUGCACGAGUGGCUACGUAACUUUGGAAAUGGCUUUGAUCAUAAUCGUGACUAUAAUUCCGGCCACAACCGUGACUACUGGGCGAACAAAUAUAAUUGGCAUAACAAGAACAACUAUUACGAUAACAAUCGCCGCAACAACUACGAUGGCAACGACUACGAUGGCAACAGAAGACAUUGGUAUGACAACAGUUACUAUGACAAUGAUGAUAACUAUUACAACAAGAAAUACAACCAUGAUGGAUGGCAGAAAAGUCACUCCCAAAGAUCAGACCUUUUCAGCAACGACUACUAUAAUCAAAACUUCGAGCGACUGAACCGUGAAACUCGAGAAGAACCUGACAAGGAACAGCCCCAGCCUGAAGCGGAGAAACUAAAACCUGACAUCCAUGGUACCUAUGAACAAGACAAGGACUGGGAGAAUAACAGGAAUACACCAUUCUAUAAUAACCACUAUCGGAACAACUAUUAUGAUCGUAACAGGUUCUAUGACCAAGACUAUGAUUAUGAUGGUCGUAACUAUGGUUACAAUUACUAUAAUUCCAAUGAACGUAGACCAGAUUACUGGGCGUUUUAUAACUAUGAUGUAAGAUAUCGCACAGACAUUUGCAGAGGAAUGUCAAAGAUGAGAGACUGCUCUCAUGAAAUGAAGAAAGUCUGCAACCAGGAAUCUGAUAAUUUUAUGUAUAAUCUUAACAACAUGAUCUAUCAAUUUGGACGUCUUUUUAUGAACUGUGAUAUGUCAGCUGAAUCUGCAGAGCCUUCACCAGAAGCUGAGGCAGUUGCUAAAAGCGAAACAUCCUAUUGUGACCACCGCAAGGCAAUUUCUUGUACCCAACCGUUCCAGAGCUGGUUUAGCUCUUUCAAAGACAAUGAAUUCAAGCUAUUCUCUGACUAUGACACAUUGAGGAAUAUGUGUGGAACAAUGCAGCAAAAGAUGUUUCCUUGUAUAAACAGAGAGAUUGCCUCGUGCAAAGAUAAUUUCCAAUAUCCAUUCGAGACUCUCAUACAGUCAUUCACUCACCUUUGCAAACCAGAAAUCAUGGAAGAUCUGACCAACCACCAUGAAUGCUGGAGCAGCCACAGUGCCAACGUCACUUACGGUCUUUGCAAAGAGCUGAUGCAAAGCAAGAUGGAAUAUUAUUACGACAGACAUAAGGGAGAUGCUAUGCGUUACAUCUGCGGACUUAUGUCUGAAUUUCAACAUUGUGUGAACAUGAUAGACUGUGAAGAAGAUGCUAGAAAUUUCAUGGGGAAUUUCUUGAGCGAAACCAUGCAACCCAUCAAAGAGUUCUACCAAUGCAAUGAGUCAAGGUACAAAGAAGCUGGUUACAUGAAGUCAGUCAGUUGGUACGAUUACCUUCCACCAGAGAUGGCGAUGAAUUACCGAAAUAAAUUCAAUUAAAGAAGGAAAUAAAAAUCAGUGAAGUCAACUGAUGUGAUUUUCUGGGUUUUUUUUAAUUAAACGGUAAAAUAUUUAGCCCUAAAACAAUAAAACAUAUUUCUACCCUUUUUUCAAUAAAAUAAAUUAAAAUAA